UCGGUAGAGGUAAUCUUUAUAAGCACAGUAUGGGUCUUCAUUUACUGCUGUGAUAACCAGAUACAUACCUUUGAUAAGGAGGUUUUAAAACUGUUUUGCAUAACCCACAGCAGAUAUAAAAGUGAUUUUCUGCAUUUCUUAAGUAUUUUUGUAAAAGCUUUCCGAGGAAGAAGACCUUUACAAUGUGGAUGUCAGCAAUAGGGACGCUGAGGUCUCAUUCUGUACAGAGCAUAGUUCUGUUAACACUGGUCAUCUUACAUUGCGUCAAUGGGACAACUGGCAUAGCUGAGGAAGAACGAUCACCGCGAACCAAGAGAAGAAUAGACCGACUCAGUAGUGGAUUUAUAAAGAAAGACGCGGAUUCUAAGACGGAACAUCUUGCUCCGGAGCUGAAGUACUACCUAGAUCAAGCUAUUUCCGAUGAAGACAAUCAAAGCCCACCACAGGAACUCGAAAAGAGAGCCUUCGAUCGUUUGGGAAUGGGAUUAAUCAAGAAACGUCGGCUGGACCGACUCUCCAUGGGAUUGUUUAAGCGGGACGAUGAUGCAUCUGGGUUGUACGACGACACCUAUUCAAAUGAUAUACAAGACGGGGAAGUGAACAAACGAUACAUUGAUCGACUCAAUUCAGGGUUCAUUAGACGUGCCGAUCCGGAAAAAAGAUACCUCGACCGUUUAGGUUCCCGAUUUAUCCGACGAAGCAGUUUCGACCGAGUCGGAUCUGGAUUCAUCAAACGGAGUUUUGAUAGAUUGGGCUCCGGAUUUAUAAAGCGCCGCCUUGAUAGACUGAAUUCUGGACUGAUUAAACGAAACUUUGAUCGACUCAACUCCGGAUUUAUAAGGCGCAGUGGAUUUGAUAGACUCAGUUCAGGAUUCAUCAAGCGCGACGGAAUGGCCAAAAGAAGACUAGACCGAUUAGGUUCAGGUUUCUUAUAAAUUUAUCUAAAAGAUAUUACUAGAUAAGCAAACUCUUAAUGUUAAACCUGUUAUCAAUAGACAGCAGCCUUCACUGUAGGGUCAACGGCGCCGAAUUUAACAAAGAUUUCCCUAUAUUUUUCUGCGGUAAACACUAAUAUGUAUAAAACUAGUUUAAAUUCUAUGGUAUGAUAUGAAUGUAUAUUAUGACUUAUCAAAACUAGAAAGAUGAUCAAAAUAUUCAUACUGAAAUCAAUUAAUAGUUAGUGCCAUUGCUAUGUACAUGUAAAUACAUUGUUUUCUUUAAACAUAUCAAUUUCGUUUGUCAAUGAUUGCAGUUUAUUUUGUAAUGUAAUAAAGAUAUUUUAUACUCCCAAAA